AUGGACCUUGUGCACGGUCUGCCCAAACUGCCGUUAGGAUCAUCAGCUUCAGCCACGCAUCUCGAUAAGCAGCCCAAAGACGAUGCAUUUUGCGUAACAGCGGACCUACUCAUACCAGGAUCUGGCGAGCCGUUAAGGAACGGAUUCAUUGUUGUCGAAGGCUCAAAGAUUACCAACGUUGGCUCUGCCGAAGACCUUCGCUCGCAGUAUUCCCAUCUACCUCAACACAAUGUCAAAGUUCUCAUGCCGGGCAUGUGGGACUGCCAUAUCCACUUCAUCGGAGCCAACAAAGUGUCCUGGGACGGACUACUGGAGGGCUACAAGAACGAAGCAUUAACCGGAGCUCGAGUGGCAAUUGAUCUGAUGCGUCUCUUGGACGCUGGUUUUACUUCAGUGCGCGAGAUGGGUGGGUAUGGGCUCCAGCUUAACCAAGCAGUACAAGAUGGUUCGAUUGCCGGCCCGAACAUAUACUCUGCAAAUAGCAUCAUAAGUCCUACCGGCGGCCAUGCCGAUCUUCAUCCCUUGCCCAAACCGUGGUACGACGACAUGUGUUCUCACGGCUCGAAGUUUGUGACCGCAGACGGCGUGGCUGAGUGCCUCAAAGCUGUCCGCAUGCAGCUACGUGCUGGCGCAAACGUGAUCAAAAUAUGCGGCUCUGGUGGCGUUGGCUCCGAGCUCGACAAUCCGGUCGAUCAGGAGUUUUCCGAAGAGGAGCUGCUCGCUAUGGUGCAGGAAGCCACUCGCGCCCAACGAUACGUGGGCGCUCACUGUCACGGCAAACCCGGUAUCAUGGCAUGUCUCAAGGCAGGCGUCAAAACCAUCGAGCACGGUAGCUACUUGGAUGCCGAAGCUGCAGAUCUCAUGAAGGAGAAGGAUGCCAUCCUUGUCGCUACACGCUGGAUUGUCGAGACCGGCCUGCAGUCGAAGGACUGGUUCUCACCGCGCGGUUACGCCAAGCUCGAAGUCGUGGCGAAAGCGCAAUGGCAAGCGAUGCAACUCGCCGUUCGGAAAGGUGUAAAGUGCGCUAUUGGUACGGACAACACUGGCACCCUCGCGCCGAACAACCCACUCAGCAAGCUCGUCCGGCAGGGUACAAAUGCGAAGGAGUUGUAUUAUCACGUCAAAGCUGGAAUGACCCCUCUACAAGCCAUAGAGGCAGCAACAGCCAACGGACCGCUAACGCUUGGACCUCAGGCUCCGAAGGCAGGGCAGUUGAAGCAGGGCUAUGAUGCAGACUUUAUUGCGCUCGACGAGAACCCGCUAAACGACAUCAGGGUGUUGAUCGGUCCAAGUCACGUCACGCAUGUGUGGAAGGGUGGCAAGUGCUACAAGAGUCCUGGGCGGCCUGUGAGCAGCUUCUAG